ACGUGGUAACGAUGGACGAGUUCGACGACGUCCCGGAGCGGCUGGAGCUGCCGCCGGCGCCGCGCUCGCUGAGCGAUUUCGCGGGCGUGCUGGCGCCCGUGUUCAAGUACUACGUGGCGCUGCUGGUGCUGUUCCUGGGCGCGCGCUGGUUCAACCGGCAGCUGGACAACGAGGCGGCGGCGCAGGAGCGUCAGGGCAUGCAUCAGCGGCCGAACCUGUCGCCCGAGCUCAUCGUCGAGAGCUCCGAAGAGGAGGAGGAGGAAGAAGAAGAGGAGGAGGAGAUUGAGGAGCUCGUGACGGACGGAGACCGGCUCGUGCCUAUGGGCGACAAGCAGAAGAAGAAGAAGCCGAACCCGACCAAGGAGCUGUUCGACGGCCUGCGCAAGGUGGAGCAGGAGCUGCGCGACAAGAAGAACAAGGAGGACGGCGAGGACAACGUGAGCUGGAACGAACUGCACGCCAGCAUGCUGCGCCGCUACAAGGACAAAUACCCGAACCAUGGCCCGCGCAUGGCCGACCCCGAGACGGACAAGUACGACGAAGAGUUCAACGAGCUGCUGCGCAAGAACAACAUUGACCCGGAACAGCUCAAGAGCCAAAGCGCCAAGAAGGACGAGUAA